AGAGAGAGAAAUCAAAGAGAGAGAGAGAGAGUCAUGGCUUUGCUUUGAUUGUUGUUGAUAGACCUGUUCGUCGCCACCAUUAGUGACCCAUUUCUUCACAAUUUUGAAUUUUCUUGUCAAGCCUAUUGAAUUUUGAACAUUCAGGAGGCAUGGAAAAAUGGAAUUUAAAGGGACACUUUUUGUGGGUCGGAUCUCGUACUUCAACAAACUGUCACAUCUGAGUCCUUUUUGAUUCUUUGCUUAUCGCCUCUGGUGAAAAAGCAAGAAACUUCGUGAUCUGUGGCUCAACUGCUCGAUCUAGGUAUGCUUCUCACUUCCUCUGCUUUUUCACCAUUUUUGGUGUGCUUGGUGGGGCAAGAUCAUGGAAUGUAGCCUUGUUGCGGAUUCGAGGUAAGACUUGGCUCCCCUCUUCUGUUUUGUUUCCUGGGUUGGUUUUGAGUUGCCAGAUAGAUUCAUCCAUGGAAGAAAAGAAAAACAAGAAGUUUGUGUGCAAGUUUUGCAACAAGAGGUACCCAUGUGGGAAGGCCUUGGGUGGUCACAUCAGGACCCACAUGAAUCAAAAUUCUGCUCAAGUGGAACAAGAAGCACAAGUUAAUGCUAAUGUAGUGAGGUUUCCAUCUGUGGAUGGUGGAAUCAGGAGCAAGAAAGAUUCAGGGUCUGAAGCUGCUGCUUGGAAUUCCGUUUAUGGUCUUAGAGAGAACCCAAAGAAAACAUGGAGGAUUUCGGAUUCAGGUGAUUGUUUACUGCAGGAAAGGGUUUGUAAAGAAUGUGGCAAAGGCUUUCAAUCAUUGAAAGCUCUCUGUGGUCACAUGGCUUGUCACUCCGACAAGGAAAAGCUAAUUAGUAAAUUUGAGGAGAAACCAGUCAUGAUGGAUAGUCACUCAGUUAACGAGACAUCGGCUCAGAAGCAGCUUAGGAGAUCGAAAAGAACGAGAUACCAGACUCUUGAUGUUUUCUCUUCUGCUAAUACUCUGCCAAAUGGUUCUUCAUCGGUCUCGGAGAUUGAACAAGAACAAGAAGAGGGGGCUAUGUGUUUGAUGAUGUUGUCUAGGGAUUCUGGUCAUAGAGGUGGUUUGAACUCGGUGGCGGAUUCUUCGGAUAACGAUUCAGUGGUUUUAGAGCCCAUGACUAUGAAAAAUGGUAGGAAUUAUGUGUCUAAUACCAAUGAGUUUGUAAAGCUGAAGAGGCAAAGAGACAAGAAGCUGAAAACUGCUGUGACGAGUCUUUCUGAUAAUUCUGAUUCUGGGUGUUUUAGGAAUGAAACCAAUAAGGCUGAAGGAGAUGUUUCUGUUGAUGGGUCUUUUACGGGUGAUGGAUUUAAGAAGCCUAAAGUGGAAUAUGGAUCUGGAAUUGGGGGCUUUGAUGCUGAAUUGGGUGAAAGUUCAAACAGGUUCAAGUAUGUGGUAUCUGAACUAGGGAAGGAAUUGAUCAUAAAUGCAGGAUAUGAUCAUGUGGGUAGAGCUUUGAUGGAGUAUGAUUCAGGAAUGAGAGCUAAAAAUGAUUCUUACAGUCGUGAAUUUUUAGAGGGCUCCAACACGAAGAUAAAAAUUAGUGCUUCUUCCAAUAUUGAGAGCUGCAAGAAUGCUCAGAAGAGAAGCAAAUAUGAGUGCUCGAAUUGUAAAAUGUGCUUCCAAUCUCAUCGGGCUCUGGGUGGGCACAGAGCCAGCCAUACAAAGAGUAUUCGCUGCUGUGAGUCAAUGUAUGAGAGUGGCGAAAACAACAUCCACACAGAUUCCCUUCCUGUUACAAAGCCUUAUGGAAAAGCUGUCAAGUCUUGCAGCGUCAAAACCUCAAUUAAUCAGAGCAUCUCUGCUCAUUCUGAGAAAAAAUUGGGACCAAAGAAAAGCAAGGGGCAUGAAUGCCCAAUCUGCUUCAGAGUUUUCCGGUCGGGCCAAGCUUUAGGUGGUCACAAGAGGUCCCAUUUCUUUGGAGGUUCUGAAGAAACAACUGUUGUAAUCAAGCAAGAGCUCCCUGAAUUUCCUGGUCUAAUUGAUCUUAAUCUUCCUGCUCCUAUGGAGGAAGAGGCAAAUGGGCAUGCCGAGUUCAUGCCAUGUUAGGUUGCAAGCAGCCACAAGCAUGACUUGCUGCUGGUGGUUAAUUUUGAAAUUUUUGGUCAUACUUCUAUGAAGAUGCAAGGACAUACAGACAAGUCGGCCAUUUUUUCUUUUUCUUUUUUCGUUUUGGUUCAGAUUCAGGGAUGUUCAGUGGAGGUAAAUGUUCCACUGCUGCUUCUGGCACUAUAAGCAGUUUUUCUUGCACUUGGAAGUUCUUCAUUUUGAGCUCAUCCAUCUAUGUCAUUGCAAAAUCAAAUUCUAAUGAAGUUUAUCUAAUCAAAUCCA